AUGAAGGUGACCCUGUGCUUCGGCCUCAUCCUCACCAUCGCUGUGACCUCCUGCCUGUGCUGGCCCGUGGCACCGGGCGCUGUGGGGGACCCCCACCAGCACCCCCCCAACCUGGUGCGGCGCGACUGGCCCGAGUACCUGUCCCAGGAGCAGCAGCACCUCCUGUCCCGGUUCCUGCCCCACGCCCUCACAGAGCUGAACAACCACAAGGGCUUCGUGCAUGAGGACGAGGGGAUGGAGGCCCUGCACGAGCACUACUACCCCGACUGGAUGGACUUCGGCCGCCGCAGCGCCGAGGACGGGGCCGAUGCCGCGUAG